GAAUUUCAAGUCCAGUCUUUGCUUUGCGCCCUUCCAUUCUCUUCUUCCCCUCGCUCUUUCCCCCUUCUUCUAGGGUUCCUCCAACUGCCGUCUUUUUGCUCUUCUACGCUCUUCUUCUUUCUUUCAAUCCUCUCAAUUUUCCCAUUUCAGGUGAAACAUGGCAUUGGAGGUUACGCAAGUUCUUCUCAAUGCACAGUCUAUCGAUGCAACUGUGAGGAAGCAGGCAGAAGACAGUUUAAGGCAAUUUCAGGAGCAAAACCUUCCCAGCUUUUUGCUGUCUCUCUCUAGUGAAUUAGGAAGUGAGGAAAAGCCGGUCGACAGUCGUAAAUUGGCAGGUCUGAUAUUGAAGAAUGCACUGGAUGCCAAGGAACAACAUAGAAAAUUUGAGCUCGUUCAGAGAUGGCUAUCGCUGGAUAGCAAUGUGAAGACCCAGAUAAAGGCAUGCUUGUUGAAUACACUGUCUUCAGCAGUAGCUGAUGCGAGGUCCACAGCAUCCCAGGUCAUUGCAAAGAUUGCGGGUAUUGAGUUGCCUCAUAAGCAAUGGCCUGAAUUGAUAGGUUCACUAUUGUUAAAUGUUCAUCAACAAUCGUCCCAUGUCAAACAAGCCACCUUGGAGACCCUUGGUUAUUUGUGUGAGGAAGUUUCUCCAGACGUCAUAGAUCAAGAUCAGGUGAACAGGAUAUUGACAGCUGUUGUCCAGGGAAUGAAUGCAUCCGAAGGAAACAAUGAUGUACGACUUGCUGCCACUCGAUCUUUGUACAAUGCUCUUGGGUUUGCUCAAGCGAACUUUAGCAAUGAUAUGGAGCGUGAUUAUAUCAUGAGAAUUGUUUGUGAGGCCACGCUAUCCCCUGAAGUGAGGAUACGCCAGGCAGCUUUUGAAUGUUUGGUUUCAAUUGCGUCGACAUACUAUGACAAAUUGGCUCGGUACAUCCAGGAUAUUUUUGGCAUUACUGCAAAGGCUGUUAAGGAGGAUGAAGAAUCUGUUGCUCUUCAGGCCAUUGAAUUCUGGAGUUCUAUUUGUGAUGAGGAGAUAGAUAUUUUGGAAGAGUAUGGAGAAGAUUUUACUGGGGAUUCUGAUAUACCGUGCUUUUAUUUCAUCAAGCAGGCACUACCUGCGCUUGUGCCCAUGUUACUUGAGACACUUCUUAAGCAAGAAGAGGAUCAGGAUCAAGACGAAGGGGCUUGGAACAUUGCCAUGGCUGGGGGUACAUGUCUUGGGCUAGUUGCACGAACAGUGGGUGAUGAUAUUGUUCCGCUUGUUAUGCCAUUCAUUGAAGAAAAUAUAACAAAAUCAGAUUGGAGGCAGAGGGAGGCAGCCACUUAUGCUUUUGGUUCAAUUUUAGAGGGGCCUGCUCCAGAAAAAUUGAUGCCAAUUGUAAACGUGGCUUUAGCGUUCAUGCUGACUGCCUUGACUCAGGAUCCAAAUAACCAUGUGAAGGACACAACUGCAUGGACCCUUGGACGGAUAUUUGAAUUCCUCCAUGGUUCAACUCUAGAUACACCAAUAAUUAAUCAGGCUAAUUGUCAACAGAUAAUAACAGUUCUGCUCCAGAGCAUGAAGGAUGUUCCAAAUGUGGCAGAGAAAGCCUGUGGUGCUCUCUAUUUUCUUGCUCAGGGUUAUGAAGAUGUUGGCUCAUCAUCUCCUCUAACUCCAUUUUUUCAAGAAAUUGUUCAGUCCCUAUUGACUGUUACUCACAGAGAAGAUGCUGGGGAAUCGCGGUUGAGGACUGCUGCAUAUGAAACAUUAAAUGAAGUUGUGAGGUGUUCAACUGAGGAAACGGCCUCAAUGGUGCUGCAACUUGUACCUGUCAUCAUGAUGGAGUUGCACAAUACCCUCGAGGGUCAAAAGCUCUCAUCUGAUGAAAGGGAGAGACAAGGUGAAUUGCAGGGCUUGCUUUGUGGAUGUCUACAGGUUCUUAUUCAGAGGCUAGGCUCAUCAGAGGCUACAAAGUAUAUGUUCAUGCAGUAUGCAGACAAUAUGAUGGGUCUUUUCCUGAGGGUCUUUGCUUGUAGAAAUGCUACGGUUCAUGAGGAGGCAAUGCUGGCCAUUGGUGCUCUUGCUUAUGCAACUGGCCCCGAAUUUGCCAAGUACAUGUCUGAGUUCUAUAAAUAUAUAGAAAUGGGGCUUCAGAAUUUUGAAGAGUAUCAAGUUUGUGCUGUCACUGUUGGUGUUGUAGGGGAUGUAUGCCGGGCAUUGGAAGAUAAGAUUUUGCCUUACUGUGAUGGCAUUAUGACUCAGCUGCUUAAGAAUUUGUCUAGUGAUCAAUUGCAUCGCUCUGUUAAACCCCCUAUUUUCUCGUGCUUUGGUGAUAUAGCACUGGCUAUAGGGGAGAAUUUUGAGAAGUACUUGAUGUAUGGCAUGCCAAUGCUCCAGCGGGCAGCAGAACUAUCUGCACACACUGCAGGUGCUGAUGAUGAAAUGACCGAGUAUACGAACUCCUUGAGAAAUGGUAUUUUGGAGGCAUAUUCAGGGAUCUUCCAAGGUUUCAAGAGCUCUCCAAAAACUCAGCUCUUGAUCCCUUAUGCUCCUCAUAUACUUCAGUUCUUGGAUAGUAUAUACAUGGGGAAAGACAUGGAUGAGGUCGUGAUGAAAACUGCCAUUGGGGUCCUUGGAGAUCUUGCAGACACGCUAGGAAGCAAUGCUGGUUCUUUGAUUCAGCAAUCGGUCUCAAGCAAAGACUUUUUAAGUGAAUGUUUGUCAUCAGAUGAUCAUUUGAUUAAAGAAUCUGCCGAGUGGGCCAAAUUGGCCAUCAGCCGUGCCAUUUCCAUUUGAGGCUUUUGGUGGUUGGCAUAUUCUUUUUUCAUAUUCAGAGUCCUUGCAUGCAUUUGGGUGUAUUGAGUCGGGGUCCAGAAUUGCAUCUCACAAGUCGUCAUCACUAAUAGACAACGGAAGCUGUACACUCCCAGUUGUCACUAACUCUUGCAUCAUCAUCUAUUGCAUUAGCAACGUGAAGUCGGUUCAUCUUCUCUUGUCAUGGUGGAAGCGGGAGGAUUCAUCCAUCAAGUACUGUCAUUUAUACAGCUGGGUCGGGGUGGGGUGGGGGGUUGGUUCGAAUGUAUCUCUGAUUUGAGAUAAAUACCCAGCCUAGAAGAGGCUUUACACCUUUAUGUGGGUAUGGGAUGUUGAAAAAGGAUGAAUGAGAGUACACACAGGGAGUUGUUUUCCCUCCUUGUUAUGCUCCGCUUAGGCACCCUUGUGCUACUUUCUCUGAACUUCUACUUCGUUUAGCGCGGUUCUAUUUAAAGGAUAUUAUCCAUUCAUAUUUUUGUUCAAA